GAGAGAGAGAGAGAGAUUUCCAGCCAAUUGCCAAAUUAUGCGUUAUCUAUACCGGCUACUGGUCCACGAGCCGAGGCAGUGAGAGAGCAAGACCCCGCCAAAGGUAGAUCGGCACAGCGCAAGCCCCAGACGAGGAAGAACACGAGACACGGAAGAGACGCCGCGAAUAAAUGAGAUAAAAGGAAGGACGGCUAACUCCGAUUCUUUUCGAGAAAACACAUGAACUAUUGCUGUACAGGAAAAUAGUUGAAAAAGUACACUAAGAUUUCUGAGCCGAAUCACCAACAUGCCUCGGGUAGUCCCGGACCAAAGGAGCAAGUUCGAAAAUGAGGAGUUCUUUCGCAAGUUGAGCAGGGAGUGUGAGAUCAAAUACACGGGGUUCCGGGACCGGCCUCACGAGGAGAGGCAAGCCCGCUUCCAGAACGCCUGUCGGGACGGACGGUCAGAAGUGGCCUUUGUGGCCACUGGUACCAACCUCUCCCUCCAGUUCUUCCCAGCCAACCUGCACGGGGACCAGCGACAGGCUCCCACUAGAGAGUAUGUGGACUUUGAGAGGGAGACAGGGAAGGUGUAUUUAAAAGCUCCCAUGAUCCUGAAUGGAGUGUGUGUGAUCUGGAGGGGCUGGAUAGACCUGCAGCGGCUGGACGGGAUGGGCUGUCUGGAGUACGACGAGGAGAGAGCCCAGCAGGAGGAUGCUCUGGCCCAGGCAGCGUUUGAGGAUGCCCGACGCAGGACCAGAGACUUUGAAGACCGGGACCGAUCCCACAGAGAGGACCUGGAGGAUCCUGUGGUUUCUAAAAUCUGGGACUGAUGACACCCAGACAGACAGCAAGCAGAGCAUGACACGUCCAGACGACACCAGGACUCCUCUGGUGGCCCCAUCUGAAGAAACAAGCCAUGCUGACUGGAAGUGGAUGAGCAGGGAGAUGAAGAAAACAGGCCAUGGUCAAUCAUACUGCCUUCAACUGUAAAAGAAAAAACAUCAUGAGCAUAGCAUUUUCUAUUGUUUGAUUGACUUAUAUAGAGGCUUGAUCUCCAACAACUUUUUUCUAUUUUGAUUUUUAUCUAAAGAAUAUAUCAUUUAUAAAAUGUUAGUGAUUAGAUAAAAGGUCCCCCCACCUAAUAAAAUCCAAGUGUGCAGUGUCACACUCCUGUGGAUUAUCCACCAUACCUCCUGCUAUUCUCUGAGACCAAAGUUCACUGUGCUGGGAAAGGAACAAGGGAAGUUGUUGUGGAUGGGGUAGAGGGAGAUAAUGAUAAAAUAGUGUGUGCGUACCUCUGUGCGUGUGUGUAUGUGUGUGUGUGUGUGUGUGUGUGUGUGUGUGUGUGUGUGUGUGUGUGUGUGUGUGUGUGUGUGUGUGUGUGUGUGUGUGUGUGUGUGUGUGUGUGUGUGUGUGUGUGAGAGUGUGUGUGAGUGUGUGUGAGUGGGUGGGUGUGUGUAUCAGCAGCCGUUUUGCCGCCACCAUUGGUUAGAAUCACACGCGCAGCAAAGACAAUCGGCAGGAUGGGAUGAUACGGAAGGCAAGGCUGGAACUGACGUCUACCAGAGAAGAACUUGUUUUAGUUUUUAUUGCUUUUUUUUUACAUUUGGUGGAUGCAGAUCUUUGAGUGGGUUAGGGUCAAUCCAAAUGUCCUUUGUCUUCCAAAGGGGUUUUGCACUAUGUGAUCCAAUCAACCAUGUGCCCAAAUCGUAAAUUCAUCCCCUCUUUAUGCAUGAAACCAAGCACUCUAUUGGUUAUUGUUACGGUACCAUUGUCAUGUAGAAAUUAAGUCAGCACACUCUUUCAAAAAAUUAAUUAAGUGUCGGUGAUACAAGGUUUGAUUUAAGAAUUUCUUAUUUUUGCAGUCCAAAGUUUUCAUACAGUGGUGCCCUGAGGAUGUGUCUGAUACAUUUUCUGCAUGGUUCUCUAUAGGACUAUGGAGAAUACAAACAGAGAAGUUAUUUUUUACGAAACCAACCAGUUUUUCAUUUUAGCCUAGAAGAUCUUUACUGUUUUCAAUGGAUCAUCCAGUCGUUGCUUUGCAUGGAAAUGAACAAAUUACCUUGCUGCAAUGUCAAUGUCAAAUCUUGCUGCAGCACUAUGGUCAUGAAACAUGGUUGUUUUGUCAUCAGAACAAUGUUUCUGUGAAAUAUGUUGCUGUGUUUACCUUUUAUAUAAUAUUUCAUGUGUACUCUGUGUCUUUGUUGUUCUUUAUGCCGCUUUGUUUUGUAUUAGUUGUAGCAACGUUAGCUUUUGUAUAUUUGAGAUUAGUAUCAAAUAGUAAUGUAUGCUCAGUAGGUUUUAGGACAUGAGGCUUUUAAUGUUAUUUUAUUUCGUUUCAUUUUCCUGUAUAAUUUUGGGCAGAAGUUUUAUGAUGACUCAACCCCUUUUAUUGCAGAAUCAGUUUUAUAUUGUUCAACUCUGAGUUGAUUUCUUUCUUUGAAUUCAGUGCAUACAGCUAUUGUAUUAUAAUGAUUGUGUCUAAGAAUAACUUUUUUUGAUGAACAGAGACUUUCUUUUAUGUCCUUGUGAUCCCUCAUUAAGAUUUUUAAAACAGUUUAUUUGCUGUUUUCAAAAUCAUCCUGAAGGAUCUUCAGCGCUCUGAAAAUGUUCAUGGUGAAACCAAAGAAACAAUGUCAUCCUUAAUCCAAACAUAAACAUGCACAUAUAUUAAAGAAAUCAGCUGUUCAAAUAUGUGAUUCAAGUGAUAUGACGUUUCUCAAUAGGUGGCUGGGCAGCUCAUUAACCAAGCAUGUUUAAACGUGCUAGGGGAUGAACCUGCUAAGAGGCAUGCGUUGCUGAUGAAUGCAGGGAGAAGGAGGAAGGAUGUAUGAGGGGUUGGGCCGAGGGGCAGGUGGUCGAAGUCCUCAACACCCAACGAGGUGAAGAUGGAGGGUUAAAGUGUGGUGAAAGUGGAGGAAGAUUUAGAGGAAUCAUGGUCAAUCCUGGUGAUAGGGGGACAGUUAGGAACAACCUAUAUACCCAGGGUUGCAGAUGCAGUGAAAAAAUACUCUAAAUAGCCUAGAGCUUUAUACAUUUCUUAUUUCUAAAAGAAAUGUAUUAUGCUGUCAGGUUCAUAACUAUAUUGAGUCAUUAUGUACAACAAAAGACUAAACGGACUGUUCUCGACCGAAUUAAACAUUCCGUCUAUAUUAUGAACUGACCCAUCAUUGGUGUAAA